AUGUAUCACCAACAUCAGGAUAUCAUACGUGAAAAUUAUAUCACACUUGCAGCGCAUUUUACAGCUGACCAAUUGUAUAAAGCGCAUCGACUACAGGUUAAUGAACUGCUCGGAGUACCUGUCAUACAGUCAAUUAUCGAUGGAUUGGAUUUUAAAAAGACAGCUCUUAAUUUUUCACUAGUACGUGAUAUAACGAAUCGACUUGAUGUACAGCUUGCGAAGUAUUCCAAUUUAUUAAUUGAAACAAAAAAAUAUAUUUCAAGCGGUUCGCAACGAGAUUGGAUCACUUUUCGUGACUAUAGAUCAAUGACGGAAUGCGCACGGAUUACACCGGGAUAUUUGAGCUAUGAAGAACAAUUUGGUACACGUGUAAACAUGACCACUGCAUGCUUGAUAUCAGCCAAACAAUCAUCAAGAUUCUUGUAUUACGCCGAGAAGAAUCUCACAUCAGUUUUACAUACGAACGCACUUGAUUGUGCAAUUCGUUGGCAGUAUAUUAUUGGUACUAGUGGACCACAUAUCGAAUAUCCGGCACAUGCCCUACCAGUUCAUAAACGAAGACACUGGGGUCCAUUUCUUGCUGCCGCUUUACCUCACAAACGACGUGUCGUAAUUCUUAUCGAUACAGGAACGUUGCUUUCCGAUGUACAUGUAGCUAAAGCAAAGAGUGUUGCUAAGAUCCUUCUUGAUGGUGCUGUUCCUGGAGAUAGGUACAUGGUGGUGGUAUCAAAUGGAACACAUAAUAUCAAAGCUUGCGAAAAUCAAAAUUUCUUGGGUGUAACGAAUGAGCAGAUUGCAGUAAUGACAUCAUUUAUAGAAACACUUGAACGAGGUGAUCAAAAAGCAUAUUCACAUACCAGUGCAAUUCAGAUGGCCUGCAGAUUGUUUGUUGAGGAAGAAACUUUUGACAGAGAAAAUGGCAAAAAUGAAUACCAUCAUAAUAUCCUAUUUUACAUCAGCCGAGGUGUAAUGUCAGAAUUAGGUGAAGCAGCUUCGGUUUUAAACGCUGUGGCGGAAAUAGUUCAGGAAGCGAGUGUUCGCAUAAAAAUUAAUGCUCUGGCACUAUGCGAUAGUGAUGGAACGCCGCUUCUUUGGUCAUAUGAAUUUUUGAAAAGCAUCGCGGAAAUGAAUUUCACAAAAUACCAACAAUCACUUGGUAAAAAGUUGAAGGCAGCCUUGAACAAAACGAUAAUACCAGGAAAGAUGAUUUCAAUUGGAACUAAUGAGCAUGCAACGCUGACAUUACUUCGAAUGUUUGAACUUCUUUCCACUGGUAGUAAUGCAAAACUGCUAACUCAUUCAUUAAACGACGAAUUAUUCUGGUCGUAUCCUUUUAACGAAUAUCAGGCAACAUUGGUUUCUCUCUCCACCAGCAUACAGAAGAAUAAUAAAUUGGGAGCUGUGAUUGGCAUGGAUUUGAAUUUGGAUAUAAUUGCUGAUGUUAUCAAGUACAAUGAUUUAGUAGUCAUGGCACCAACAAAGACUAGAUUGCGGAUUUUCCUUUGUGAUCUACAGGGUCGAGUCAUUAUCGCUUCUCAUAUGCGUAAAACAUCACCAUGGCCUUUACAUAUCGGUACGUUAGAAGCUUGGUCAGAAAAAGAUCUAUGGCUUAGUGAGCAUUUCUCAGUCGAAGAAAUCAGCGAAGGCUCAUUCGAAAUUGUAAAGGAAGAAGUGAUGGAGAAAGUAAAAUUGAAGUAUACGUGGAUGCGGCUAAAGAACGCACCAUUUGUUGUUGCUAUGACAAUGAAAGUUAGUGAACCAGAGGACAAAAUUUCAAUGCUUUUAAGGAAUUCGAGGCAGGAUUAUGUACUGGAUAAUCUUGUCUACCAUCGUCUCGAUAUUCAGAGAGAUUCAUCGCUUUCCUAUUGUUCGCAUUUUGGCUAUCUUUCUACUAUGAAAGUGGGUGGUGUUUACUUGAGCCCAAGUUGUUUCACUAUUUCUUCCUUACAACGUUCACCAUCUCCGCAAUGGAUUGCAAAUUACUGGGUAUACUUAGGUGAUCCGUUCGGUUUAAUUCGAAAUACGGGUAUGCGGUUGAGUGUUCGCGAACAUGUUGGUGCACUAUCUGGUAUUAUACCAUACUGGCGUGAUAAAACAGCUAGUGAUUCACAUGAAUUUAUCUUGCGACGUUAUAUAGCUACGUCACGAGGUGUUAUGAUCACUUAUCCGGCAACUGUGAUUCGCGACAAUUAUGAACCUGACUUGCAACUUUGGUAUGUGCGUGCUAAUGAAUUUCCUGGAAGAAUUGUUGUGACAGGACCGUUCCUGGAAGAUAAUGUGGGACAAGUUGUAACGAUUUCGACUGCUGUUUUUGAAGGUCAAGCUGGAAGUAUGCACAAUUCCAAAGAUCAAGUUUUUGCUGUCGUUGCGAUGGAUGUAACCGUGGGGUUUUUUUCGAAAUUGCUCCGAAACACAAUUAACGUUUGCAAGGAGUCACGGCGUUGCGUUUUGUUCGAUGACUUAGGCAAUGUGAUUUCACGUGGGAUAGAAACAAAUGUGUCUAGUAAAAAAACUAAAUCCUAUGGAAGAAGCAUUUCGUGGAAUGCCGUCGAACGUUUCCAUAUCAGUUAUUUGGAGCCUCAGCUUGCAACAUAUUUGAUCACGAAAACAAAAUUUGUUCAAAAAAGACAGUGUGUGCAGUGGGCUACGCGCUCAGUUGAACAUUUCUUCCGAUUCAAUAUUACGUAUUCAGACGCUUUGACCAUUCCAUGUGAUGAUGCCAGCUCAGUACCCGGUGUGAAAUUGGGAAGUAUCCGCGCGGAAGUGAUCCCGGUGCCACAAACAAAUUUGUUUCUUGCUCUUAUAAAUGAAAGUUGUGAUCCACAACAUCUCAUCCAGGCAUUUUGUCCAUGUUCGGUUAGUGAUCGUCGUUGUCUUUUGUGCACACGUUUCGAUCAUACAGAAUGUGAAUGUCCAUGUCAGUGUCCAUUAAACUGUAACGCACAGUGCGCAGUUAGUUCAUCAAACGUUUCACUUUAUCGGAAAACCUCUUUUGUAUCAAAUGUGGAAUGUUCAGAUCUAGAAGAAUGUCCAGUGAUUGCUACGAUCAUUCCGUUCAGUGCUAGGCCAUUGCAGAAAACUGUACUGUCAGAAUGUAUCAGUAUUAGAUGUGAAAAUUAUAAAACGAUAGACGAUUGUCUAGGUAUACUGGGAUGUCAGUGGUGUACAUUUGAUAGUGACGGGCAAACACUUCUUCUGAAUCCUUCUUGUGUCUCCACUGACCAUUGUUUCGGUGGUACAAAAGGAAGACGUAUUCGAGGUUUCUUGGAAAGUGAGUCACAUUUAGCUCAACAGUGGUCAGUUAGUGCACCGGUUGGACCAGUUGCUGCUGGAAUAAUGAGUGUUUUCUUAAUUAUGGUUAUAGCUGUAUAUUGUUAUCGAAGCCAGAUUAAUCGUUUGGUAGAAGCGAAUUCGCUCACAGAUUCAUAUGGUGCGCCAUUAUGUGGGAGGAAUUUUGAAGAUGAUGAUUUUCAGCUUGAUCAUGAUAUUUCCGGAUCCGUAAAAGAAAAAGCAGUUGCUUUGAUCCAACUGACGUCAUUUGAAAGAAUGUCUAACCCACUAGCAGCAGUCCGUCCACAGUACCGAGUCUCUCCACGAACCGAAUCAAGCGAUCAAGGUUAUUCUACAAUGACUGAUCGCAUGCAGGGUGAUGAAAGUGAAUGCGCUACUAGCAAUGUUAAUAUUUCGCGAGAAACGGAAAAAACAAUAUUGACAGCAUUAGAUAGAAAUGAAGAUGGUUGUUCGAUCACUGUGACUACAGAAGCUGAUAUACACCAAGCACCACGGAGUUUGCUCAUUUCUUCCUAGAAACAAAUCCAUUUAUA